GUGAGCUCAGAAGAAAAGGAGGAAGCGGGGAGAGAGAGCAGCGCAGCGGCAGCUCGUCCACUCUGACAGACAAGAUUACAAAAACCUAAACAAACCGAAAGCUGACUCUCAGCUGAUCGCGACACCGACCGUUUUCAAUCCUCCGCUCGGAACAACGCGCGAGAAGCGACUUUUGCAACCCCAGAGACGCCAACAACUUGCGUCGGUUAGUUAAAAGUGCAAAAAAUAAAUAAAGACAGUUGCACAAAUAGUCGGAGAAUGGCAGACUCUGCGGCGGCCAACAGCGACGGGGAGGACGGACCCCGCGAGCCCAUGCGGGGCUUCGCGCGCCAGGGAGCCCUCCGCCAGAAGAACGUGCACGAGGUGAAGGACCACAAAUUCAUCGCGCGCUUCUUCAAGCAGCCCACCUUCUGCAGCCACUGCACCGACUUCAUCUGGGGUUUUGGCAAGCAGGGAUUCCAGUGUCAAGUGUGUUGUUUCGUGGUUCACAAGCGUUGCCAUGAGUUCGUCACUUUCUCCUGUCCAGGUGCUGAUAAAGGACCUGCAUCAGAUGACCCGAGGGCAAAGCAUAAGUUUAAGAUCCAUACCUACUCCAGCCCGACCUUCUGCGACCACUGUGGCUCUCUGCUCUACGGCCUCAUACACCAGGGCAUGAGAUGUGACCACUGUAUGAUGAACAUCCACAAGCGUUGUGUGGCCAAUGUGCCGAGCCUGUGUGGGACAGACCACACUGAGAGGAGAGGUCGCCUCCAGAUAACCGCUGAGGUCAAGACUAAUGUACUCACUGUUACCAUCGGAGAGGGCAGGAAUCUGGUUCCUAUGGACCCCAACGGUCUGUCAGACCCCUACGUGAAGCUUAAACUGAUCCCAGAUCCCCGCAGUGAGAGUAAACAGAAGACCAAGACCAUAAAGUGCUGCCUCAACCCCACCUGGAAUGAGACAUUUAAAUUCCACCUGAAGGAGUACGAUAAGGACCGCCGUCUGUCGGUGGAGAUUUGGGACUGGGACCUGACCAGCCGCAACGACUUCAUGGGAUCACUGUCCUUCGGCAUCUCGGAGCUCCAGAAACAAGGAGUGGAUGGAUGGUUUAAGCUGCUCUCCCAGGAGGAAGGCGAGUACUUCAAUGUCCCCGUUGCUCCAGAGGGGGAGGAGGGCAACGAGGAGCUACGGCAGAAGUUCGAGAGAGCUAAGAUUGGACCAGACAAGAACAAAGAAGGCAAGGCGGCCAAUGCUGCAUCCCGGUUCGACUCCAAUGGCAACCAAGAUCGCAUGAAGCUGGCUGAUUUUAACUUCCUGAUGGUGCUGGGCAAGGGCAGCUUCGGCAAGGUAAUGCUGGCAGAGCGUAAAACGACAGAGGAGCUGUAUGCUGUAAAGAUCCUGAAGAAGGACGUUGUGAUCCAGGAUGAUGACGUGGAAUGCACUAUGGUGGAGAAGAGAGUGUUAGCGUUGGCUGGAAAGCCCCCGUUCUUAACACAGCUGCACUCCACUUUCCAAAGCAUGGACCGUUUGUAUUUUGUCAUGGAGUACAUAAACGGAGGAGAUCUCAUGUAUCAGAUUCAGCAGGUCGGCAAGUUUAAAGAGCCCCAUGCUGUAUUCUAUGCUGCAGAGAUAGCCAUUGGUCUGUUCUUCCUACAUCUGAAGGGCAUCAUCUACAGAGACCUGAAGCUGGACAAUGUGAUGCUGGACUGUGAGGGUCACAUUAAGAUAGCAGAUUUUGGCAUGUGUAAAGAAAAUAUGACUGAUGGAGUCACUACCAAGACCUUCUGUGGAACACCAGACUACAUAGCUCCUGAGAUCAUAGCCUACCAACCUUAUGGAAGAUCUGUGGACUGGUGGGCCUUUGGAGUAUUGCUCUAUGAGAUGCUGGCUGGGCAGCCUCCAUUUGACGGUGAAGAUGAGGAUGAGUUAUUUCAGUCCAUUAUGGAGCAUCACGUCUCCUAUCCCAAGUCAAUGUCCAAGGAGGCUGUCGCUAUCUGUAAAGGGCUGAUGACGAAGCAUCCAGCGAAACGACUGGGCUGUGGUCCGGAGGGGGAGAGAGACAUCAGGGACCACAGCUUCUUCCGCUACAUGGACUGGGAGAAACUGGAGAACAAGGAAGUGCAGCCGCCAUUCAAACCUAGAGCUUGUGGACGGGAUGCCGAGAACUUUGACCGCUUUUUCACACGCCACCCGCCGGUGCUGACCCCUCCCGAUGAGGAAGUGAUUCAGAACCUGGACCAGGACGAGUUCCAGGGAUUCUCCUUUAUCAACCCUGAGUUCCCAGGAACUGCCCCUACCACCACUGCCCCCGAGCAGGCUUGAUUUCAGCUCAUGCACGGACACAUAAACACACACACACACACACACACACACAAACAUAUACAUAAUCAUUUUCCCCAGUAUCAACCCUGUGUACCCCGGAACAUAGAAACACACAAACAUAUAAUUUUUAAAUAUCCUGGAAAUGAUUUGUGCAGUUACAAGAACCAAGAAGCCAUGACUUAAUACUGAUACAUAGAAAUGCCAUAUAAACAAUAACACAUAUACACAUAUUUGUUGUUCACACUGCUGCUGCAACCUGAAUGAUGUGUUGGCUUCUUCUGAGGGUGCAUGUGCAGUAUACAAUUGCCUGAAUGCAUGUAGCGCUCUUGUGCUGCUCCGGGGAAAAAAAAUGGUUUUAAUUGAGAUAAUUACAGCGAACAAAUUCUGUAUUUUUCCAUGCUUCUACAUGGUCAAAAUGUUACUAAGCUAGAGUCAGUGACUUUCUCCAACCUUUGUUUUUGAGAGAAGAAGAAGCUUGGAAGUGUGAUUCACCACAAUCUUGUUGCUCAGUGUGAACAAAUUGUGUUUAAUUUACCAGACCUCGUCGGAAUGAGGAUUAGAAAUGAAUGGUGACCCUUAAAAUCCAAACUUUAAAUUGAGGGACAAAAAUGAUUCUUAAAAAAAAGAAUUGCAUUGUCACAAACGCAGUUCAUAUACAACCUAACUACAGAUUAGUAGUCGAGUCAUGAUUCCCCCCCAGCACACACAAAUACACAAUAGCAUAAUUCACAUGUAACAUAGCUUUAGGAUUCCAUUUUAUUACUUUUUCUGGUGGAACUUGUGAUUUAACUUUUCUUUUAGUCAUUCCUCGACUACUUCAGCGCAUUCUGAGUUUGGCCUGUACUUCUGGUGUGCUUUUUAUUCAAUGUGUAAUAGUAGUAGUGUCUGUACGUUUAUCCUUAUCUUAGCUAAAACUGGAAUGCUUCACAUACUUGUGCAUGAGUUUCUAUAUCAAUUAUAGCCCUGGACUUUGUCUCCCAGCAGCAUUUUAGCAUCUUAUCUCUGCACCCCUCUGCUGCUGUUGUGUGGCUGUUUUUUUAAUGGUUUUCGAAAUAUGUAUUAUUAAAAAAGAAAAUGAAAUUUGGUGUAUUAUUUUACCCAUUGAGGCAGUGGAAGAUUUGUGCCACAAAAGACCACAAAUAUCAGAUUUUCUAUGUGUCUUAUUUGCUAUCGAGCUCUGGGGUAAUGAUGGUAAAAUGCUGUUGGGAAAUGCAGUCCUUAUAUAGGCUUUGAGUCCGUUAAAUGGAUAAUACUACUUCUUAUACUCUCAUUUUCUGUUAUCUAGUAUAUAAGCAAUGAAAGAGACUAGCAGUUAGUUUCUUUGUGUAUUACAAAAGCAUGAUUCAGAUAACAGGCGUUUCACAACGAAUGUGUGUGCACAUGUAUGUUUUAUAUGUGUGCGAACGAGUACUGUGAAUGUGAAUGAAUACGCACGUUUGCUUUUGCAUUUUUGUAUGUGUAUCAAUACCUGCAUUCCCAGCGCCUUGCCUAGCCUUGUGUUUACAUUUGUCUGCAUGGUAAGUGUCUGCAACCCCUCAUAUCAAGCAGUCUUGGUAUGAUCCACUUUACUUCCAACCAGUGGCUCCGCAAGUCACAGAUGAGAAAGGAUGGAAGUACAGAAGAAGGAAUUCGUGAUACUGAAAUUGAAAAAAUUAGCAAAUAAUAUUAGGUUUUGAUGUUAGCAAAAGAGUAGUGAUACUAGAGAAAAUUAGUGCUUACAUGGAGUCUUAAUGAAAGCUGUAUACAGGUCAGUAUCUUAAAGCUUGUAUUGACAAUAAGUACUGCAAAGUCCACCUCAAUAGUUCCUGGAAAGAACCACCUCAGUACUAGAGUUAUUUUCUAUGGCCUGGAAACUAAAAUGUAAUGCUGCUUUCAAAAUGCAGGUUCAGUACCUAAGCAUUUCAAAAAAAGUUCCCAAGCCUGGGGAAAGUUUCUGUGGUAGAAGAAAAGGCCACUAGCUGGAUUUCAAACUGCGUUCCAAUAUUUCAUGCAGCUCUACAUUUCUCAUCUAGUUUUUUGGCUAUGUGGGAAAGGAUUUGAGGCUCAACUUAAUGUGAUUGGUGUCUUUCAAAUAGUCAUCUCCAUGCGCAAUAACAAAAAUUCCCAUCCUAGCUCACAGCAGUAGCAAUUGGGGACACAGGUUAAAGCUAGGCCUGCUGAAGCAGGAACAUGUGUGUGCUUGGUCUCUUGUUUCCUCUAGCUAGCAAUAAUUUUGUUGACCGGAAGGCUGCAUUGGUACUGAACCAACCUUCAGAAGGCUCAGAUUUGGACUGUAGUUAAUUCACAUGCAAGAGGCUGUGAGGUUAUGAAGCUUAUUGGUGGGCAUAUUUAUCCAGCCAGAGAGAAAGAUGGCAGUACCUUAUACACUUCAGUGCAGAGCAGCUAACGUGUGGAAGUGGCUGAAGUGCGUCCUCAUAUCACACAUUCAGGUUCACUUAUGUUCAUCAGUUGUAGUGACAUGAAGAAGAAUAAAGCCACAGUGUCAUACGGGUAUUUCAGUUGAACGGUUAUCUUUCGUGCUAACAGGCGUGGGAGUCACUGUGGUUUCCACAAGCGUGACUAGUAAUGGACACUAUCAUGACGAUAGUAACAGAUAUCUUAGAAUAUCUGCAGUAUGGAAGUUACUGGAAGUUGAGGAGGGAUCAAUGUAUCCAAGGUGAUCGAUAGUGAAUUAGAAAAAUAAUGAUUUUUUUCAAAACAGAAAAUUUGUAAUUCAGGGUUUUCCUAAAGUAUUUGCUUCAACUUUAUUGCAGAAGGCAAUGGAUCUUCACAUACAAUUUUCUGAUAACAACAGUUAUAUUUGUAGAUAAAACAAAGACAGUUUGACUCAAGUUUGGCAUAAGCUUUUGAAUAUCAUAACAUAAAGUGAAAAAUGUCAUUUGCAAUUUAAAAAAAGAAUUGAAACAUUUGAAAGAGAUCAUUUUUGCAGGACUGUGGUGAUUUGUGCUCUGCUUAUAAAGUGGGCCACAUGAAGGUUUAGCUGAAAGCUGAGGGAAUGCCAAGAAUUCAGACUUGAAAACCAUGCACUGGCUUAGUUCUCUUUUAGUUGUCUAAUUACUGAUCAAAAUAUGUUCAAACACAGCCCCCUGUAAUGCAUGUUUGCAUUAUCCUUUUUGGUGGCAUUGAGAGCUGUUCCCUGAAGUAACUUUGACAUUUUGAUUGGAUUAAUGGAUGAGGCGGAAAAGUCCCUGAUUUAAGGACAGUCUUAACUAAAAUCUGGAUAACGUUGGUCCUGUCUGUCCACUAUGAGACUGAAUGUAAACGCAACAACAGUGUUUGUAUGACCUAAAGCAAAAUCUGUGUUCCAUUAUCUGUGCCGUACCUCCAUUGUCAAUAUUACGGUCAGUGUCACCUGUAUUAUAACAACUACAAAUAAGUAUAUAUACAUAAACAUAUAUAACUGUGUCAAAUGUUGAUAUUUACACCAUGUGGUCAGUAUUGUAAAGGAUGAGAGUUUUACUCCAGGAUUUGUGGUUUUGUUUCUACAUAUGAUUCCUUCCUGCCGAAGGAGAAGCAAAAUCAACUCUGCAUGAAAAAAUUCUUUUGUUUUACCUUUUUAUUAGUUAGGAUUUAUAUACAAUUAACAUAUUAAGGUGAUUUAUGUUUUCUGUGUCCGCAUAGCUUCCAAAGUGUGAUCCAAGCUACUGUUGUGUGUGCUAAGAAAAUACUUCUCACAAUGCUUUCAAUGCGCCAAAAUUAUUAUUAUUAUUAUUUUCCAGGAAAAACAGGCAUAUCUAAAAUAAAGGAUUUAAAAGAUGUG